CGUAAAAUUAACUCGAAAUUCCAUCCGAGCAUAAUUUCCGAAGGUUUAAGUUGUUCUCGAAUUUCAAGCAAGCAACGUAUUCUCUCUCUUCCUGUGUUUCAUGCUUUUCACUUUCUGCGCACUUCCCAUUUUCUGAUUUUUUUAUUCCGCUGCAUUGAUCUCCAUUUUCUGUUGAUUACUCUAUAGAUUACUCAUCAUCACUGUUUCCAAUUUCAUCAUAACUUCAUUUUUGGCUUUACGUCUCCCAUUUAUUUCUUCAGAUCCGCUUUAAGUGUGCUUGCUUUAUUUCCUGUACCAAGAAUCAAUUAUGUGGAAGUUUAAGCCCUUCACGCAAAAGGAACAAACAGGACUUGAGGGCCGUUAUAUUGAUAUUGGUAACAUCAAAGUUCAUGUCAAGAAUGUCAUCGCCGAAGGAGGAUUCUCCUGUGUUUACUUGGCUAAAGAUGCCUUGAAUGCAUCAAAACAGUAUGCUUUAAAACAUAUGAUUUGCAAUGACCAGGAGUCAUUGGAUCUGGUAACGAAGGAGAUCCAAGUGUUUAAAUCUCUCAAAGGACAUCCUAAUAUAGUUGCACUUGAGUCUCAUACUAUUUUGGACAUGGGUAGGACAAAGGAAGCCCUUCUAGUGAUGGAAUAUUGUGAGAAAUCUCUGGUAAACGUUUUGGAGAGUAGAGGAGCUGAUUUCUUUGAUGAGAAACAAGUCCUAACAAUUUUUAUAGAUGUUUGUAAUGCAGUCUUUGCAAUGCAUUGCCAUUCUCCACCGAUUGCACACCGUGACUUGAAAGCAGAGAAUCUUUUGCUGGGCUCAAAUGGAUCAUGGAAAUUGUGCGACUUUGGUAGUACUUCUACCAAUCACAAACGUUUUGAAAAGCCUGAAGAAAUGGGCAUUGAAGAAGACAUCAUCAGGAAGCAUACUACACCUGCUUAUAGAGCACCUGAGAUGUGGGAUCUGUUCCGAAGAGAUCUUAUAAGUGAGAAAGUGGACAUUUGGGCUCUUGGUUGUUUACUCUACCGUAUUUGCUAUCUUAAAUCUGCAUUUGAUGGCGAGUCCAAGCUACAGAUUCUGAAUGGAAAUUAUCGCAUCCCAGAUGUACCAAAGUACAGUGCGCCAAUUAUUUAUUUAAUUCGAGACAUGCUCAACUCUUCCCCAGAGUGUAGACCAGACAUUACACAGGUCUGGUUUCGGGUCAAUGAGCAACUGCCAGUUGGAUCACAAAAGUCACUACCUGAUCGGCCACCCAAUAUGUGUGAGACGGCUUCAAAUUUGACUGAAGGUUCAAGAAUCUCCAAGACAUCUCGGGCUUCAAAUCCUGUGCCUCGUAGAAGCCCGCCACCUGUGCCAUCAAGUGAACCAUCUAAUUGGACAAAUUCAAAUCCUUCAAGGAGCGGGCUUACAGGGGCAGCAUCAGUUGGUUCUUUUUGGUCAACCGAGCAUGCUAAGGACUCUCUUGUCCGGGAGGACAGAGGUGCACCAAUAUUUGAUGAUAAAUCUCCAACCCUGAAAAAGGAUAGGAGCCCAUUGGAAAAACGUUAUUCGCCAGGAACUGGUCUUUCUGUGAGGGAAAGCAGUCAGGUUAAUCCAAUGAAAUCUGGUAGUACAACUUUUGUAAAUGAAGCCUUCAACACUUUUGUUGCUGAUUUCGAUACUGCUAAAUUGAGCCCAACAGCUACCAGCAGUGGCAUGAAAUCUGAGAAGGAUAAUUCCUUGGAGGCUGAGAUAGAGAGAUUGCGGGAGCAAUUGAAGCAAGCCAUUGCAGAAAAAGCAGAGGUCACUUCAAAAUAUGAAAAGCUUACUGCAAUAUGUCGAUCACAACGCCAAGAAUUACAGGAGCUGAAGCAGGCUUUGGCUGCUAAAACUCCAUCACCAAAAAAAGACGUCGUAAGGAACCAAUCAUCUUCUAGUAAUCAAACCGCCACUUAUCAGAGAGCAAAAACCGAAAGUACUGUGUGGGACAAGUAUUCCACAAAUUCAGAAUCGAAGCCACGGCAAGCCUUUGCCAAUGAUGCUAAUACACCGACAUCUAUAGUUGAUCCUCCCAAGUCUGUAAGGACUAGGAAUGGUCACUCCAGCAAGCAAGAUGUUUCAGCUGGAUCGACCAAUGACGCAUGGGGUUUUGGUGAUGACAAAUUCACAGCAGCACCUGCUACUAGCUCUCGGAUAUCUAGACCUAGUGAAGGCAGUACUUCCCAGCGAUUUGGGGAUUCAAAUAAGUUCACGAGCAAGACUACGACUUCUCAACCAGCUGGGUGGGCUGGUUUCUGACUCGUUUUGAAAGGACACAGAUUUAUUUUCCUGUAAUAAUUUUGUUAAUAGAAUUCUUCUUGAUAAAACAUGUUGAUUCAUUAUUGUAUGUAGAGAAUGUCUACCUGUCGAUGACUCGUUGGCUAGCGACACAACACAUGAUCAUAGUCUUGUAAUCAAUGGGGCCUUGAUCUGUUGUAGUUUUAUCAGAUUGUGACUUGAUCUCAGUUAAAGUAUGAGGAUAUUAUUAUAUAACGUACUUGUGCAA